CGAGACGGAUGGCAGAGGCAAAGCAAAACUGAGACGAAAUAUUUAUAUUAAUGCAUUUAUCUUGUCUUGAUUUGCGCUGUCGGUUCAUAUUUCGUAUCAGUUAUUUACGUUUUGGACUAUACAUAAUUUUAUCUUCGUGUGUACCUGUUCAGCAGGUUAUCUAUCACUACGAUAGACAGUUAGGUUGCAUCAAAAUAACGCCAGUAAUAAUAUUUAGUUAGAUAAAAUAAUGCCGCUGGAUUUUCAUGCGGUCAAGAAUCAGUUUAAACAGACAUGGCUGACUACUCUCUUGAGUCUAGUUCUUUUUGCAGGUGUAACAUACUUCCUGCUGUGGGCAGAGAGCCACACUAUCCAAAGCAGUUUGAUGUUGGAGGAGCUAGUAUCAUCAGCUGAAAGUAUUGACGUGCACACUGCCAAUGAUGCAGCACGGUAUGAAGGUAGGGUUGUGCAUGUGGUUGGGCCUCUGCGGGUGUUGGAGCCCAUAUCCGAGCCUGACUACAACAUCCAAGUCCAAGCUGUGAAGCUAAGGAAAAGGGUACAGAUGUACCAAUGGAUUGAAGAGGCCAUGGAACAAGAUAAUUUUCUUAGCGAACCAGCAGAAGAGUCACAGAAAACCUACUGGUAUCACAAAGACUGGAGAGACUUUGUGGUUGACUCCAAUCUGUUCUACAUAAGGCCUGGCCAUCAAAAUCCAACUUCUAUGCCGCUGUUCAGUGAGACACAUAUUGCUGAAACUGUUAAAAUUGGCUGGUUAUCAUUAGGUGUAGAUGUAAAGAGAAAAGUGAAUGAUUACUAUGAGAUCUGGUCAGACUCGCGGCCCGACCGUAGCGACAUAAAACUGCACUCGGGCUUCUACUACCACGGCGAGAGCGCGCUCCACCACGAGGUCGGCGACCUGCGCGUGCAUUUCUCCUAUGCCGGCCGGGAGGACGACAUCUACACAGCCGUCGGGAUAGUGGAGAAUGGGGUGCUGCAGUCAUUCAGCCCGACGGGGUUCCCCACCGCUGACCCCAUCUCGGUGCUCCGCAAGGGCUCGUUCAGCCUCAAGCAGCUGCACGAGCUGGAGAGCCGCGCCGCCAACGCCAGCACCUGGAAGUACCGCGUGCUCGGCUUCGUGCAGGUGUUCGCGUCCACCAUGACGCUGCACCCGGAUUGGGUCACUCUGUUUUUACAAUGGGCGUGGAUAUCAAGCAGCCUUCGCCGCUGCAGCAGGGUGUGGGUCAACCUGGUGCUGUCCUUCUCGUACACGUUGCUCGUCACUUCUAUCCCAUGGUUAGUACAUAAACCUUCUUUUGGGGCUAUAAUGCUUGGUGGAGCCAUGCUUCCGAUACUACACUACUCUACUCUGCUUAGCCGCCGCCCGUAAGGUCUAGCAAAGCUGGGCGAAGAAAAAACUCAUAUUUGUGUUUGGAUUUCCGACGUAUCAGUAACUUUACAGGGAUUGCUUAAGGCCACUGCCCUCAAUCACAAUACAACUGGUUAGUUGAAUUAAAUGUUGAAAGCACAAGCCAUAUAUCCAAGGUGUUUCACCUCAACACGUCGUCGAGAUGUGCUGUUGAUAACAAUAGGCUUGUGUCACAGUUUUUAUUUCAACUGCAGAUUUGUUCAAUUUGUUGCGACAAAGGGAGAGAUCGCUGUGAGGAAAAAUUUGCGCAACAGACUCUCAGCGCCUGCCAGAGUGCUAGUUCAAUUCCGAAUUUAAACAAGAUAAAAUAAUCGGACAAUUUAUAACAUUUUUAUUUAAUCGAUGAUUUAUAAUCAGACUAUUGUUAAAUACUAUGUCAUAAAUACCCAUUCUAGUAUUAUCACCGUAUAUUGGUCCUCGCCUCGCGGCUCGGAGCAUAAAAUGCUUCGGAUGGGUUGGGUUGUUUUAUGCUACAAUAAAAUAUAUACAUAUGUACAGUCACGGAAUUUAAAUUCCUACCCACCUAAGGUUCAAUAUCGUAUAGCAAACAGUCAUCAUAAGAGCUAUCUAAGCACAACGUUACUUGACAUAUCAGACGCAUUUGUUUGUGUUACUAGGCAACUGAUAUGAUUAAUUACGUUCACAUGGUGAACUGUAAAACGUCAAGGCACUGCUACAAAUGGAUGACAGUAAUGGAAAAUCUAACAAAAUAUAUGUCUAUCGCUUUCACUCUUGCAAUAUUCGAAUGAAAGGAACGCAGAUAAUGAACUUUCGGAAUCGACGUUUGAAUUGUUGAUUGUCGACGAAUCCAGACACUGGUGCCGAUAUAUAGGGAGCGUGCAUGAACUAUAGGAGGCAGCACAGGAGCCGUCAGAUUUUUGGCGCGAGGCGUAAAUGUGAUGUUUUUCGUUCCGAUGUAGCCCACAAGAUGGCAGAACCUACUAUGCACAAGAAAACAAUUGACGUGUAAAUGUGCCUGUUUAUGGUUCCGAUUCAGACCACAAGAUGGAAGAUCCUCCAACGCGCACGGUCCCUAUACUAAAAUGAAAAUUUCGACCUUAAUGCAUCGUGAAUGCCUAACAACAUUUCAACGAAACGGGUAGGAAAUUAAAUUCCUUGACUGUACGUGCUAGUAUAAUACCUCGGGAAGUCAAAAAACACAAGGAAAAAAAAACCGACCAAGAGCAUGUCGGGCCAUGCUCAGUAUAGGGCUCCGUAGUUACCCGUCCGUCGAAAUAGGCUACCUUGAAUGGGAGCUAUUAGAGGGUAUCCUGGACCAAAGAGAAUUAAGAAGACCAAGAGUGCUCACUUCAUACAACGGUUUUGUUACCAAAAAUACUAUUUCGUAGUCUACAUCUUUUUGUUUGCCGCGACAUCUAUUGUCGAGUAGCAGUACUGAGAGUUCCGCUACUUGACGCUAGAUGUAGACUACGAAAAUAAUGGUAUUUUUGGUAAUAAAACCGUUGUAUGGAGUGAGCACUCUUGGUCUUCUUAAUUAUAUUUGCCUGGACAUAACAAGCAUACCUAUACUACAAAGGGAAGACUUAUAACGGUUUAACCGAUCAUGUUCGCUAAAGUUUUCCUUGAAAAUCUUUACUUUCACGAUUUUUUCAUAUUUUUUGGAUCUUGGAUUUGGAGUUCGAAAAGUUAGAGGGGAGCAUGUUUUUUUUCUUUCAGAGUCGUUUCCGAAAAUAUUGUGUUUAUCAAUAGUGGUUCUUGACGACCCCUAUUAGUUUUGUAAAACCUAUUCAACGUCACCGCAAAAGGUUAAGGUAUAGGGUGUCCCUACGGGCUGUUGUGCAAAAAAAUGUGCCCUCACCCUCUCUAACUUUUGAACCGGGCUUACAAGAAAUUUGAGUAAAAUCAAGAAAAUAUUUAAACUUGGUAUACUCGGGCAACGCAUAUGCGUGUGGGCUAUUAUGCGUGCCCCGACAUGCACUGGGUCGGUUUUUAAAAUUCGAUUAGGUAGUGAAACAUUUUGCGGCCUAACCAUCUCUUCUUAAUAUGAAGGUACAUAUAUUCAAUAAAUAAAAAACCUGCAUUUAUACAAAACAUAUCUCUCUGUAAUUCAUCAAAAUAUGUAGUUGAGAUCAUAUUUCUUUAAUUGCAUUAAUCAAUCUUGUUUUUUGAGAGGAUAAUAGUUAUUUGUUUUACAAGGGGGAAAAAUUGGUGUUUAACCUCUCGUGCUAAUAUUGAUACCGGAACAAGCGCAAGAUUCCAAAAUUGAACCACGAGCGGAGCGAGUGGUUCGAGAAGAGGAAUUUUGAGCGUUGCGAGGGUUUCAAGGCACGAGGGUUAAACAAACUGUCUCCGAGUGAAACACAAAAAUUGUCACCUCACCAACGCGAUGAAAAAUACUUAGUAUGUAAAACAAAAAAAUCUAACCAAAUCAAAUAUACCUAAAUGAACGUAAUAAAAAAUGUUUCAUUCUAAAUCAUCAUUUAAAAGUCAAUUCUACCAGCCAACAUAAGGUCACAACUCAAAAUUUGCAUUUGAUCACUUUGCCCCACUUGUGGAUAAAAAGAAACUUUCUUAUUAGUUUUUGAACAAUCAAGAGGACCUUUACCUUUGUUUUGGUAAAAAAUAGGACAAUAUGUAUUAAAGCAAUACAGAAGUCAUAAAACGCCUCGUAAUAAUACUGAGAAGUGACGUCGUUGAAUGUGUACACAUGUGUAUGUGAGUUUUACAAAAGGUGCAAUAUGUACUUAAAUAAAGAAGAUUUUUUGUUCCUUUCGUAUUUCUCGGAUAACAAAGAAGCAAGCACGACCAAUUGCCGUGUACGACGCGGAACUGUGGACGCUUACCUGUAUACUGUAUACUACCCUAAUGCCCUAGUCGAUAAAGUCAAUGUAACUCACACAAAAAUAUAUGAUGCCAUGCCAUAUAGUGUCCGAAUAGUAAAUAUUUUUUUAUACAUAUGUAAGUAUGAGGCAGUUUGGAACUGUUAUUAACAUCUAGUCAUUAGGGGGAUUAACUUAAUAUUAAUACAUACAUCUGUACUAAUACAUUAAAAUUCCAUGUUCAUCAUUAGUCACUAAGUAUAGAAUAUAUGUACGUUAUAUUGUUCUUUGCGGAAUAUUAGUAAAUAAAAAAGUAUACGUUUUGAAUCCUAAAUACCCUAAUAAUAAUAAAAACCUCCAAUUAAACAUUUGACACUUGGGUAUUUAAUUAAUUUAGUAAGUACAUGCCUGUAUUUCAUUCUUUCAGCGUGUGUAUUAAUAUUACAAAAGUAAAUAGAUAUGCGGAUUUUUUUGGGCACCAUGAGGUAAUAAUGAGAUAAUUUCAUUAUUCAUUACUCGCUCUGUAUUCAAUUUGCUUCAAAAUUUUACCGCAUAAUGCGCCUGAUGGAAACCUUAUGCUUAAUUCUGCGCACAUCUAUUUCAUCCUAAAAACGAAGUAUUUAUAGCUAAAAACACAAGUGUUGUUUAUAGGUAGAGCUUGUUUUAGAAGUGAUUUAUGUGUCAGGCUGUGCCUGAUAUUUUGGUUACUAUUUUAUCUCUCUAAUGUAAUCUAUUUUACAUAUUUAAAGCUUAAAGUAGAGCAGGUGUAAUUAACACAUUCACUGCCAAAACACUCUAGCUCUCUAUCCCACGCUCUUUUUUUAUUGUGAAAUAGUAAUAUAUAAUUGAGCGAACUCAACACAAUAUUGUAAACGUAGUUUUUAACUAACUUUAUAAUGUUAAUUUACGUGUAAGUAACGUGUUAGUAAAAUAAGUUGUUUGAAGACCAAGAUUUCAGGCUUACGAUUUCGGACGAUUAUGGGUGGAUCCACUUUUGUCGUUGUUAUUUUGUCCUGCCAGCUAGGCGACAAUAGUAGAAUACUUAGUUUGUUAGAAGAACUGUUAUACCACGUUCUAAUAAUAUGACAACUAGAUGACCCACGGAAGGGCUUUAACUCCCAUAAAAAUGUAGAUAUCUUUAGUUAUUUUAAAUACCACAAAACCAGGGUUUUAUAAUAUAAAUGAUCCUGAUAGUAACCAUGGUAGCGGGAGUCAAUAAAAUGUUGAUUCCCCCUUAUUUACAUGCAUCCAAAUUGAACGAAUGCGCAGCUGAUGAUCUGUUAACUUAAGAGGAUAGUGGACGACCGCAUCUUCAUACAAACGUAGUUCCUAUUUUACUCCCUGGUUAUUAUGGACAUUAUAAAAAUAUUUUUACACAAUUUGAUAUAGGUACUUAUAUUAAUUAGUGAUGCAACGAAUAGUACUUUUAUGCAUACGAAUAACAUUUUAUGAAUUUACUUAUACGAAUAGCACUUCGAAUAUAACUUUGGUACUUCGAAUAUAAAUUCAGUUUUUGGAUUUUGUCUCUUACUUGUGCUAUAUAUAAGACUUCUAGCCUAAUUAUUAUUUUUAGUUUUAUUUAAAAAGUUUCGUAUGAAACAUGCGACGUUGACGAACGUAUCAUUUGAUUGCUUUGACUUACAUAUAAAUUAGGUUUUUCCGCUUCAAGAGGCAGAAGAUCUGAGACAAUAAUAUUAAUUUUGACUUCAUACCUACAUGUGUUCUGUAAAACUAUUCAAACGGUAAAAACCGAAAUUUACAGGUACUAACCUGCAUUAUUGUCGAGGCGAGGAAUGAUGCAAUUUACGGGCCUGAGUACUCUUUUCAAACUUUGGGAAUCCGUUUAAUUUAACACGAAGCUUUUUCCUAAAUUUAUUUUUUUCAUAAUAUGAAGUCAAAUGUUGAGCUUGAAAUACGUCUUAACUUAUCAGUCUCAGGCAGUAAUAAAUAUGCCGAUUUUUAAACGUUAAUUUAUCAAUAACUGUUUGACCUUAAUUUUUGAAAUAUUGUGUUCUAGACAAGCUAAGGGGCUUGAAUAAAUGUGCCAAAUUGCAUGUGUGUAGGUUAAAUAGGUUUCGAGUUGUGAAGGGGUCUAAAGUAGCUCGAAAUGGUUCGAGUAAUAUACGGUUUAUAAUAUGUGUACGGUUGCUGCUUCGCCAGUUCCUUUUUCUUUGAACUUGGCUGGACACGCGCUGGGGACUACGUUUGUAUGAAGAUGGAGAGCAUGGAGACAUAUCUUAAAAGCGUUGAUAUGACUUUGUGUUUUGAAUAACACACUACGCACAAGACCUUUUACCUAUUUAUUAAAGCCAAGUUGGUAUCGGUGCAAUAUUGCUCAAUUUAAUAAUAAUAAGAGUUGUAAUUGUUAACCAUCAUCGUAGUUUCUAAGCCAAUUGUAAAUAGAUAAGUAUAUUUGAUGCGGGGCUAUGCGGGUAGUAUUAGAGCUAUGCAAGGCAGAGGACCGGCGGUGCGAGGAUGCGUUCAUUGCGCCUCACGUUGUAGCCUUUUGCAUUUGCUAUGAUCCGAUUUUAUCUUUGCGCACCGCUUUUCUACCUUAGCAGCUCUGGUCGUAGCUCGACCGGUCGACAUGUAAAAAGCCCUUCAGGCUAGAGUUGAAUUGCGGAUAUUUACUGGCGUCUUAUUCUUUAACAUGGUAUUUAUACUUAUAAAACAAAAAGAACUGGAGGUUCAUACUUAUGAACCUCUAGGCCUUUUUGUUGCCUUAUUCUUUUGUUGCAGUACAUCUUCUGUAUUAUUGCCUUUUUAAUGUGUUUAUAUUACGUUUGGUUUCUGAAUAAACUUUAAAAAAAAAAAGCGUUAACUUGGUCUGACUCUGAUAGUAUAAUUUUAGUAUAAAAUAUCUAGUGAUAUAGCCAAGGGAUAUGAUGAAAAUUAUUAAAAUUUUAAACAGAAGUAGAUUUUCAGAGUAUGUAGAAUAAUUGAUACAAAAGGGCAGCCCGUUCCACGGCCAUACGUGAAAACGCCUUCUAUAUCCGCAUUACGACUAUUACGAACCUUAAAUCUGACGCAAAUUAUUAGGCGUAGUUUUGGCACAUUCACAAUAGUUUGUCACCACGAAGUGGGAUGGAGAUGGUAUGGGGGCGUUCCUGAAUAUCCGACAGUCAGUAGCGGCCGACUCACUGCACGCACAGACUAUGAUCAGUUGUUUUGUAAACUACAUAUUCGUAUGACGUAUGCCUAGUGUAACAAAUAUUGUAUAUUAAAAUAAAAAGGACGUAUUAUUAAGCUGCAAACAUAAUUAUAAUAAAAAUAUUAUUUUAUAAUAUAAUCAGAUAAUUGUCAUUAUUUGCGUACGUAAGCUAGUAACGUUCAAUUUUAUUUUUUAGUAAAGAUCGUGUUAUUAACAACGACGCGUGCCUUGACUCGUAAUGUGAUGUAAUUAGAGGUUAGAUUUGAUAAAUAUGCGCGUCAUUGUGACACGAACUAUACUUAGAGUUAAAGUCAUUUGUCCCUUGUUUAUCUGCUAGAAUAUUCGAUAUCCCAAAUUUGUAAUAGAACUUUCGCUGCUCAAAAUCUGGCGGCGAAUAAAAGGCAGUUUACAGUCCCAACCGUUGGCUGCUGGCAAUAUCGAAAACCACAGUGUAAAGUGACCGUAAGAUUCGUAACAAGCUAUGCAUAAUCGGAAAGCUUGCUUAUAUACCGUUUUUUUAGCCCUUGACUCGCAUAUGAUAAGUGAGCGAUAUUCAUAUUUUUUCAAUAAUUUAUUACACUGUAAUUCCGUGUUGAGUAGCUGUAUUAGACUGGCGCUAGGCGAGAUUUUUAUUUUGUUAAUUAAGCUUACCUAUGUCUCAUAAGUCGACAAACCUCCGCCACGAAGCUUAGAGCCUGGAGUACUGUGACUCAUAUUUAUAUAGAUUAUAAUGUUUAUUGUUCUGACCAUUUGCCUCUUAGUGUGAAGUGUAAUUUUAACGUAAUAAGAACGAAAACUAACCAUUUUUUGCAAGAAAGUAGUAAGGUUAUUUGGGGGGUCAGGAAUGAGGAGCAAAUAAGGAGAUAAACGUGUCUGUGGCUGGAAUAAACAUGUUCGAAGUGCGCACGGGGACGCUCGACUUAAAUACAAAAUGUGGCUUAAUUGUAAUAAACCUAGUAAAGGAAAAAUAUAUGAUGAAAUGUGUGAAUCUCGUAAAGUAUUUAAAAGUAAACUGAAGUGGUGCUUAAAACACCAAGAACAAAUUAAGAAGACAUCAUUGCGUCGCAUAGGGAAACUAAAAACUUCACUAAAUUCUGGAAAGCUACAAACAAGCUAAAUAUAAAGCCUAGCCUACCCGUGAGCGUCGCAGGCCUAAGUGAGCCUAAGGGAAUUGCGGAAGUAUUUAGGAAGCAUUUUACAGUGAAAUCACCUUUAGGUCCUUCACGACAGGUGAUCGAUGCUAAGACUAGUUAUGACUGGACAAAAAUUCAUAUCACUGCUAAACAAGUAGCAAGCGUUAUUAGAGACAUGACUAGAGGCAAAUCCCCGGGUAAUGACUGCCUCAGUAUCGAGCACUUAAAAUAUGCAGGGAUUCAUUUGCCGAGAGUUUUAUCUAUGUUCUAUUCAUUUUGUCUGAGCCAUGCGUACUUACCAGAGGAGUUAAUGAAUACCAUUGUUGUACCCAUAGUGAAAAACAAGACAGGAGACAUCGCUGACAAAACCAACUAUAGACCAAUCUCUCUCGCAAAUGUACUCGCCAAAGUAUUGGAUAGCAUGCUUAACGCUCAACUUGACCACUACUUACAAUUUCAGGACGGACAAUUUGGAUUUAGACCUGGCCUCUCAACUGAAACUGCCAUUUUGAGUCUUAAGCAUGCUGUCCGGUAUUACACUGAACGUAGCACUACUGUCUACGCAUGUUUCCUAGACCUCUCUAAAGCCUUUGACUUAGUUUCAUACGACGUCUUAUGGCAGAAGAUGAGGGAUAGAAAUAUACCUACGGAAUUGACUAGCAAAUUUCAGUAUUGGUACGCAAAUCAGCGCAAUAGUGUACGAUGGGCUGGUGCUCGUUCAGACUCGUACGGUUUAGAGUGUGGCGUAAGACAGGGAGGGUUGUCUUCGCCAAAGCUCUUUAAUUUGUAUGUGGACGGGCUUAUAUCUGAGCUCAGCAACACGCAUGUGGGGUGUCACGUGGACGGUGUCUGUGUAAACAACAUCAGCUACGCAGACGACAUGGUGUUGUUGAGCCCAUCGGUGAAGGCACUCAGAAGGCUCCUGAGUAUUUGCGAAUCCUAUGCGAGCAGUCACGGAUUACAAUAUAAUGUAAAAAGAAGUGAAAGUGAUCUUUAAGGCCGCCGGUAAGAGACCGGAAAUGCCGCCUCUUGAUGUGCCGGUCAUUUGUCUCAACGGUGCACCAUUACAGAGAGUUUUUAGUUUUAAAUAUCUUGGGCAUUAUCUAACCGACGACCUUAAAGAUCAUUAUUAAUUAUUAGGUUUUUUUGAAAGAGAACGCAGGGCGCUGUCGGUGAGGCGUAACAUGUUGGCCCGCAGUUUUGCUCGUUGCUCGAAUCAAGCCAAAAUCACGCUAUUCAAAGCGUUCUGUCAGAGCUUCUAUACGAGCAGCCUGUGGUUCAACUGCACUCAGAAGUCGCUCAGUGCCCUGAGGGUUCAAUAUAAUAACGGCUUUCGGGUGUUGUUGGAGCUUAUAUCUAGCGAUAGUAGCUGUGACGGGGGAAAUUAUCCGGAGGAUUCUGGGCCCGGUUAGAAGAAGAAAGACCGAGGUAUAUUGAAACAGACAAGGUUAGACUAGUGCGUUCUCUGGUGUUCCUAAUCUUUCCUUAUGGUAGUGAGACAUGGACUAACCGAGCAAACUUGAUCAAACGUAUCAACCCAUUUGAAAUGUGGUGUUGGCGCCGGCUUUUACGGAUACCUGGGACAGCUAGACGUAUAAACGUUGUAGCACGGCUCCGUACACAACAACUACGGCCCAGUUGCACCAACAAUAAUUGACGGACUGAUCGACACCACUCAUCUGUGAACUACAUAUGAAACUUACACAAAAUAAUUUAGCGAAAGUUUCAAAGGUGACAGACGAUUUGGUGCAAAUCUGCUGUGAGUUACCUAACUAAAUUGUUAAGAUUUAAGAUUCAACUCAAGAUUUGACUUAUUAUUCCAUUACAUACAAACAAUUACGAACAUACUACGAACUGGCUCAUAAUAUUCCAAGGGACUGUUUUAAGUACGAGUAUAUUUGGGUUCUGUUCCAAACCCGAAAGCAAUCCAAUAUACGAUAAAGUCAUUAAAAUGCAUCUUUCCUUUAUUGGUAAUUUGGAUAAACAAGAUGCUGACAAUAAACGUGACUGUCUUGUCCGAAAACUAUCGCUUGCCAAUAUUAAUUUCAAAACAUUGUUUAUUGGAAUCAAAGAGUAAAGUAAGUAAAUUGGAAAGCUAUUGUUGUAAAUAUUUUAUUGUAUUCAGAAUAUUUUUUAUUGCAACUUUUACAUGUUUUGUAUUUUAUUAUUAUUUUUGGGGUUAUAUUCAUUUUUAUGUGUUUAUAAUUACACAAUAUUUUCUUCUUAUUUACAUCGGUGACCUUUCAUGACUGCCAAUGUCUGUUUUCAAGGAGUCUCCUUGCCACUAAAAUAAAUUAGUACAACUGAAAAUCCGCAACAUGGCGAAGGCCAAAUAGAAUCUUGUUAUUGUAUACCUAGACAAAACUUGCACACUGUAUAUUUCAAUAAGUAUUGUAUACUAUUGUAUUGCGUUAUUGCGCCGUAUAUUGUAUUACGUUUACUCAAUAAGUAGGUACAUUUUAUAGCGCUGUUUCUUAUUAAAUGUCAAUUGUUGAACACAUUUCGGUGCAUAAGUUGUUUACGACAUACCUCUAGGUUUGUUGUAAUUUUUGAAUCCCUUUAUAAUGAAUCCUAUUUUCAAUAUAUUCUAUUGAUUAUGA